AUGACGUCAAUAGGCACAGGCUACGAUCUGUCAAACUCGGUCUUCUCGCCCGAUGGUCGUAACUUCCAGGUCGAAUACGCAGUCAAGGCGGUAGAGAAUGGCGGCACAGCAGUCGGCAUCAAGUGCAAGGACGGCGUGGUGCUCGCGCUUGAGAAGCUCAUCAGCAGCAAGCUUCUCAAGCCAGGCGCGAACAAGCGGAUAGCGACCGUGGACCGCAACAUGGGCAUCGUGUCUUCAGGUCUCCUCCCGGACGGUCGCCACUUUGUGUCCCGAGCCCGCGAUGAGGCUGCGCAAUGGCGACAACUCUACAAGGCCCCCAUUCCGUCAUCAUCGCUUGCCGACCGCAUGGGCAGCUACGCACAGGCAUACACGCUGUACUCGAGCGUGCGUCCCUUUGGCAUAACCGCCAUCAUUGCAGGCUGGGACUCGGAGGCUGAGCUGCCCGUAGAUGGCCAAGUCGGCUCGGGGCCCGGUGUUGGUUCAGGGGGCAAGAAGGAAGGCGCAAAACACGGCGGACCGUCACUCUACAUGAUCGAGCCCAGCGGCUUGUACUGGGGCUACUACGGUGCAGCUACAGGCAAAGGCCGCCAGGUGGCCAAGUCGGAGCUCGAGAAGCUGAACCUCGCCGAGGGAAAGCUGUCACUAGAGGAAGGUGUCAAGGAAGCCGCACGCAUCAUCUACGUCGCACACGACGACAGCAAGGACAAGGAAUUCGAGCUUGAGAUGACGUGGAUCAGCAGUCUCGACGGGCCCACCAAGGGCAGGCAUGAGGAAGUUCCAAAGGAAAUUCGGGAUGAGGCUGAAAAGCUGGCCAAGAAGGCGCUCGAGGGCGACGACGACGAUGACGACGACGAGGAGAAGAUGGAGGAGUAGAUAUCAUCAUGACGCGGCUGCAUUGCACUGCAUAGACGGUCACGAUGCAUUCACGAGUCGCUCUCACCCCCUUGACGAUCAAAUGAACAAUAUAACAUGCAUGGCAUCUCCAAGAGUCGAGUGCCAUCAAUUGCCACCAAA